UUGAAUUGGUGAUGAUUAAACUUCCACGAAGUACAUCUAUAAAGAUCAAAUGCCUAAAAUAAUAGUCAAAGUGGGAUUGCUUCUGCAUAGAAGUAAGCUAGCAGAAAUCAAACUACUCUAAAAAUGGAAUGCCUCAAAAUAAUAGCCAACGUGGGGUUGAUUCUGCAGCAGAAACCAAUCUCCUCACAUUAUAAAGUUCCCUUGUAAUGGUUCAUAUUAUGUGCUCAUUCUUCAAAAGCAGGAAAAAAAAAAGAUAUGUAGAAAAGCAAGUUUCUAAAAAGUCUAGUAGUUCUAAUAUUUCUGUUGCCAUAUGUAACAGCAACCAUGUCGGGGCCUAAAUUGCCUAAAGCUAGCAAGCACUUUGUGCUGGUACAUGGGGCCUUACAUGGAUCCUGGUGUUGGUACAAGCUUGUGGCGUCAUUAAAAACUUCAGGGCAUAAUGUAACAGCUCUUGACUUGGGCGCUUCAGGGAUCAACCCAAAGCAGGCCCUCGAAGUCACACAUUUAUCGGAUUACUUUAGCCUGCUAAUGGAGUUCAUGACUUCUUUUCCAGCAGAUGAGAAAGUGGUUCUUGUAGGCCAUAGUUUUGGUGGAUUCGCCAUUUCCAAAGCCAUGGAAAGCUUCCCCGAAAAAACUUCAACUGCUGUAUUUGUCACUGCUCUAAUGCCUGGUCCAACUCUCAGUGCAACCACACUCUAUAUUGAGUCAUUCAGUGGAGUACUAUCUCAACUUGACAAUCGUGUUACAUACGAUAAUGGACCUACCAAUCCUCCAACCACCUUCAUCCUAGGUCCAAAGUACUUGGCAACUUAUCUUUACCAGCGGAGCCCAAUUCAGGAUUUGGAGCUGGCCAUCACACUAGUAAGGCCGUUAUACUUGUACAGUUUGGAUGACAUAUCAAAGGAGAUAGUUCUUUCAAGCAAAAGGUAUGGAUAUGUUAGGCGAGUAUUCAUUGUUGCUGCUGAAGAUAAAUUUCUAAAGAAGGAAUUUCGGCAAAGUAUGAUUGAAAAGAAUCCACCAGAUGAAGUGGAAGAGAUCCAGGGCUCUGACUAUAUGGUCAUGAUGUCUAAACCCCCUCAACUUUUUACUUAUCUUCUGAGCAUUGCCAACAAGUAUAGCUAAGAGCUGUUAAUUAAGAAUAAGAGCGGACAGGUGUAAGGCUGAGAAUAAAACUUCAGUCAAUUUACAUAUCUGAUGCAU